AUGUCUUUCCCAGCAGUGGCACUUACAUUGCACAUGAUCAUUGAAAGUUCACCUCUAGCUUUUCAACUUUUGCUUCAUGAUCUUCUCGAAGCAGACUUCAUCAGUCUUCUUUCUAAAUGUACCGGCGUUUAUCCCGGACCAUGGAAAGAUAUAUACCACACAACUGUCUUGUGUCUCUUAACAAAAUCUUCGGGGUUUACCCAACAUCACACUCAUUCUUCUUCUGCUGCAAAAUGGGUAUUUCUCACAUCUUGCGCAUGUCUGCUCGGAGGUGCCCUCGUUGCAGAUUUUCUUUGGGCUUCUUCUUCCUAUUCUUCUUCUGCCUAUUCCUUCAUUUCUUCCAAUUUGGCGCUUGACAAAUCUGGGACCUUGGUUGUACCAAAUGUCACCGCCAAUGAAGCUGACCAGAAAGGAAGUUUCAAAGACAAAAAGGAACAUGCUUCGGUGAGAUUAUUAUCUGGAACUUUUGCUGAUAUAGCUGCACCUGAGUUAACAUGGGAGAAAAUGAGGCCCACACCGGUGCCUCGUCUCGAUGGCUCUUCAAUACAGAUUAAGAAUAUAUUUUACGUGUUUGCAGGAUAUGGCACAAUUGACCAUGUGCACUCUCAUGUUGAUUUAUACAAUUUCACUGACAAUACAUGGGGGGGAAGAUUGGAUAUCCCAAAAGAGAUGGCGCAUUCGCAUUUAGGAGUGGCCACUGAUGGAAGAUACAUAUAUGUGGUAUCAGGACAAUAUGGUCCCCAAUGCAGAGGGCCUACAGCUCGUAUAUUUGUGCUGGACACAGAGACAAAGAAAUGGAGCAGUAUGCUUCCAUUACCUUCCCCCAGGUAUGCUCCAGCAACUCAAUUGUGGAGAGGCAGACUCCAUGUGAUGGGUGGCAGCAAAGAAAACCGCCAUACGCCUAGUGUGGAUCACUGGAGUAUUGCUGUGAAGGAUGGCCAAGCAUUGGAGAAAGAGUGGUGGAAAGAAGCACCCAUUCCCCGUGGGGGACCACAUAGGGCUUGUGUUGUGAUGAGUGAUCGCCUCUUUCUUAUUGGUGGUCAAGAGGGUCAAUCUUCUAACAGGGCUUGUAUUAUUGUGUUUUCAUUAGAACACAAUCUCCGAUUGUACUUAGUCACCAUAGCCACAGUGGUUUACGGGGAUGCUUAUAUGCUGGAUGGUGAAAUGAAAUGGAAAGUGUUGCCUCCCAUGCCAAAACCCAACUCUCACAUAGAGUCGAGCCUUGCGGCUAUAAUGGAAACGUAUCAUACAAAAGAAGACGUAUCAUCCAAAGGAAACCUAUCAUCCGCAUCAAAUAGAAAUUAUAACCGUACAGCCGCACGGCUAUACUUUCAAAUUACAUUCGAAUGUUUUAAAAGUAGAGCCGCGCGGCUAUACUCUUUAAAUAUAUCACUGCUUGAACUCGCAGAGGACGGAACUUUCUCUCGCAUUCACUGCUUCUUCCUCCGAGUUCGGCACCGAAAAAAGACCCAACCCGCCUAG